UGAUUCCAUCCAAUCAGAGUAACCUAUCUAUCUAUGUGGAAGGAGCACGUCGACCAAUGGCGUUGUGUGAAAACGAGUGCGAAGUUUGUAUUUGUGGUCAGCGAGGCUGUGACGGAGAAGCGCAGAUAACCAGCAUGAUGGAUGCGAUGUCAGUAGUGACCCAGCUGAGGGAUCUGGCGUCUGAGCCUCAGAAUCGAGAGGCUAUAGCAAAAGACGAGGGCUGUUUACCUGGUCUUGUGUUGUUUUUAGACCAUAAAGACCCUCAAGUAGUGUUUGCUACUCUGCAGACCCUGAGGUACCUGGCAGAAUCGUCUCAAAACAUCAACUCCAUGAAGAACGAGCUAGGCAUGAUGGUGAGCCUGGAGACUCUGAUGGAACGAAGUGAACUAAAUACCGACAUCGCAGAUCUUGCUAAAGAGGUGUAUGAAGUGUUGAGUGCUCCAGAGAGGACGGAAACUCUCACAACUCCUGUGCAGCCCAUGAGGAGAAAUAAGCCUCAGUUCUUCAUCAACAGUUCCAAUAAAAAGGCCAAAACAAUCACGCUUCAUAUACAGGGUUUGGAAGGGACGGAUCAACGAGGUGUGUGUGAAGAAGCUCUCCUCAAGGUUAAAGGAGUCAUCAGCUUCACUUUCCAGAUGGCGAUGAAGAGAUGCACCGUGCGUGUGCGUGCAGACCUGUCAACCGAGAGUCUGGCAUCAGCCAUUGCUGCCACUAAAGUGCUUUCAGCUCAGCAAGUGGUGAAGAAUGAAGGUGGAGAGGAGGUUUUCGUCCCUCUCAACACUACAAACACGCACGUAGAGGAAAAUCACCACCUGCCAGAUUAUCUACCAGAAGAUGAGAGUCCUGAGAAGGAGACCAACCGUGCAGUUUCCCGCACCGCUGCCAAACAGGAUGCCAGUGGAAGCUGGUUAAGCUCAGCAGCCAGCUUUCUCACAAAAACGUUCUACUGGUGAAGCUUUGAGCUGUAACAUGUGUAAAUAUCUGUACCACACAAGGACUUUUAUAAUGCAGGUUGCUAAGUGAACAAGAUCUAGACUCUACUCGGCCAUUUUUAUGAACAUGCAAAGUGGUAUUAUAUUAUGAUAUAUAGUGCUACAGGUCUACUGCUCGAUGUCUGGAUUAACGGUUCACACUUUUAUAUGUAACAUUUCAGAAACGAUUGUUGUGUUUCUGUUUUUAGUUGUGUGUUAUUUCUGAUUGACUGUUACCUGUUGUGUAAAUACAUGCCUGUGGACUUAUUUUAAAGUUUAUAAA